AAACGCCCCCUGACUGGAGCUACUGGACCAUUCGUGCCCGCUUCCAGAAUCCUCCGAACAAGUCCCAAAAGCGCACAAACCCCGCAGUCCCCGAUCCAUUCGGUACCCCUCUACGCACGUCUCCGAGAAGACUUCCCGAGCGAGUUCGCGAAUCCAAUCCUCCCAUCGUGGGCAAGUCAUGGUUGUGAUCGAGCUGGAGCCCGAGGAGCCGACGCGCCCCUCGUCGCCGGCGGCGGAGGAGCAGGCGGCCGCCGCGGCCGCCGGGGAGGCGGCGCGCUCCUCGUCUUCAGGGGCGCCCGAGGAGGUGGCCGCCGCCGCCGCCGCUGGCGGGGAGGCGUCGAGGGCGGCGGAAGAAGAGGAGGAGGCGUUCGAGGACGCGCUCACCGACGAGCAGCUGCGAGAGAAAGCUAGAAGCCAAGCAAAUGAUGCAAAAGCAGAAGGAAACAAGCUUUUUGGUGGUGGACAAUAUGAGGAAGCAUUAUCUCAAUAUGAAAUGGCAUUGCAAAUUGCUGCUGAGCUCGAAUCUUCUGAGGAUAUACGCGCCGCAUGCCAUUCAAAUCGUGCUGUGUGCUUCCUGAAAUUGGGAAAACAUGAUGAGACGAUUAAAGAAUGCACAAAAGCACUUGAACUCAACCCAACAUACCUGAAAGCCUUGCUUCGGAGGGCAGAAGCACAUGAAAAGCUUGAACACUAUGAUGAAGCUAUUGCUGAUAUGAAAAAGGUUAUUGAAAUGGAUCCUUCAAAUCAACAAGCUACAAGGUCUCUUUUCCGACUUGAGCCCCUGGCAGCUGAGAAGAGGGAAAAGAUGAAGGAAGAAAUGAUUGGAAAGCUAAAAGAUCUGGGGAACUCUGUGCUGGGGCGCUUCGGAAUGAGUGUUGACAAUUUCAAAGCCGUUAAGGACCCAAACACUGGUUCUUACAGCAUUCAAUUCCAGAAGUAACACGUGAAGAAAGACGAUGGAUGAAUAUGGCUGGGUGGCAUAUUUCAGUUGUAAUUGUUCAAGGCACUUGUGCAUCACAUACCCGGACCAUAUCCAAAUAGAUUGGCAUGGAAGAGGAACUGGAUUAUUGCGUUGCGUUUGCACUUGUUGCACGUUAGACUGUUAGAUAGAUUGAGAUGCUUUCCCAAGUGCGAACUUGCAUGAUCAUUUUGAACUCUGGUAUUUUCCUCAAUACAAAGUCGUUUCAAAAAGACUGUUUCCAUGCGUUAGAGCAUCUGAACAUGAGUUGGAGCAUCUUCAAUGGGUUUAUCAGUCUAUAUAGAUGACCUUACAUUAUUGUUAAUGGAGCUUUUUUGUUUUCUUUUGUAAUAACAUUAUAAUACCUUAGUAAACCGAGUAUAGUUUACUC